AUGGCCGAGGGCUUGGUCCAUGCCGGCCAUCUGCGGGGGCUCCCCCGGCCCUCUGACCGCGUGCCAGGCGGCUCCCGGGUCAAGGGGACCCCUAUUCAGCCUCCACCCAUGGAGAAGCCGGUGACCUUGAGCUUCCAAGGGGCCAUCUGCCUGCGUGUGGCCGCUGUCCCGUCCCUGGGACCUGGGGGCCAGGGGCUGGCUCUGACCAGCCUCCCCCGGUCUAAGAUCGGGACAGGGCAGACACUGGAAGCCAACAGGGCCCGCUGUCGCGUCUCAGCCGCCCAGAGCCAGAGCGACGGCGACAAGGUGAUGCGCGGCGAGGAGUGUGAGCCGCACUCGCAGCCCUGGCAGGCGGCUGUCUUCGAGCGGGGUCGCUUCAACUGCGGCGCUUCGCUCAUCUCCCCGCGCUGGGUGCUGUCGGCCGCGCACUGCCAGACCCGCUUCAUGAGCGUGCGCCUCGGAGAGCACAAUCUCCGCAGGUACGAGGGCGCCGAGCAGCUGCGGACGGUCUCCCGCGCCUUCCCGCACCCCGACUACAGAGCCCGCAGCCACAACAACGACCUCAUGCUGCUGCAGCUGAGCCGGGAGGUGCGCCUCUCCCCGCAAGUGCGCCCCAUCACGCUGCCCACCAAGUGCCCGCGGCCCGGAGAGACGUGCGUGGUGUCCGGCUGGGGCCUGGUGUCCACCAACAGGCCCCGCGUCCCGGGAGGCCCCGGCUCCCAAGUGAGCCUGCCGGACACGCUGCACUGCGCCAACAUCAGCGUGAUCUCGGACGCGUCGUGCAGCAAGGACUACCCCGGGCACCUGAUGGAAACCAUGGUGUGCGCCGGCGUGAAGGGAGGCGGCACUGACUCCUGCGAGGGUGACUCCGGAGGACCCCUGGUCUGUGGGGGCAUCCUGCAGGGCAUCGUGUCUUGGGGUGACGUCCCCUGCGACACGACCACGAAGCCCGGCGUCUACACCAAGGUCUGUCACUACUUGGAGUGGAUCAAGGAAACCAUGAGGAGGAACUGACCGCCCCCCACAACCCGUCCUUGA